AUUUUUUAGUUCAUAAUAAAAAAAAUAACACAAUCUUCAAAUUAGCAUUAAUGAGCUAUACAAGAUUUAUUGCUUUAAGAGAUAUGUUUAUGUUUGUCAACUUACCUUUUCGUUUAUGACGUUUUAGCUAAUAUCUCAAACUGAUAACGUUUCGAGUGAUGUUUGGCCUUCAGUACUUUAUUAAAAACAUUUAAUCAUACAUAUAUACAUACAUAAUUAGAUAGUGUGUAAAUGAAAUAUUGUUAGUAGUUAAACUUUAGAGUUUACAACACCUGACAGUACGUGAAUCACCCUAUCUAACUGCAUAUUCAUAAAUAUUGUUAAAUUGUUAUCACAACUCUUAUCCUGUCCUUACCUGUUACUGAUAAUAGAUUUCUUUUUUUCUUGAUAAAUUACCGCUAUUGGCAAAAUGUGAAAACUUAUUGACAAUUGUUGCUCAUACAGCAUUUGGAGCUCGCGCGGUUAACUUGGUUUUUCGAAUAUUUUUGCGUGUCUUAGUAUUAUUUUAUUUUUGUAAUAAUGCAACUCCGUGGUUUAUUGCUAAUUGUGUUGGUGAUUGGUUUUGAAAAAUCUUACUCACAGAGUGACUCGAAAUUGGAUCCACGUAUCAUAAAUGGCGUAGAGGCGCCUAUAUCACGCACCAAAUUUCAAGUAUCCAUACGACUGAAACAACAUGAUCGCAUAUUUGGUAGAGGACAUAUAUGUGGUGGCUCAUUAAUUGGGCCAAAUAAAGUUCUAACGGCAGCACAUUGUUUAUAUAAUACAGAUAGAAAGCGUUAUCGGAAGGCGAAAGAAUUUAUAGUUGUAAUGGGCACACAAAAUCGAUUUUCACGCGUCAAUGGUACGAUUGUUUCGGAUGUCACGUCGAUAGCUUACACGAAUUCCUUUAGUUUGGAUACAAUGCGUGAUGAUGUUGGAGUUAUGUUCUUAAAGACCGGACUACCAGCGAAUAAAACACACUUGACUGUAUCUCCAAUUGUACUGAGCAAUUCAUCAGUUGCGCCGGGUACUAAAUGUCAGGUCUCAGGUUGGGGUAAAACUUCGCAGGGUUUGCUAUCUACCGACUUAAUGAUGACUAAUGUGAGCAUUAUACAGCAAGGCGUUUGUAGGACCUCAUAUGGCAAUGGUAUUGUUGAAGGCAUGUUUUGUGCAGGCAGCUUAUUAGGUGGCACUGACUCGUGUCAAGGUGACUCCGGUGGUCCGCUUGUUUGUAACAACGAACUGGUCGGUAUUGUGUCCUGGGGAAAUGGUUGUGCGCAAAAAGGAUUCCCUGGCGUUUACUCGAAUGUGAGUUACUAUCGCAAUUGGAUUGAUAGCCGCAAUGCUUCAGCACCAGUGGAUUACAGUUUCGGUUUUCUAUCAUUAAGUUUUACACUAGCUCUGGGUAUUUUAUUUAAUUGAAGCAAAACGACUUUAUUCAUGUAUAUACAUAAGUAGGAUUUUGUAUUUUCAUAGUAAUUAUUUAUAUAUAUGUAUAUGUGUAUGUAAAUAUAUUUUUUAAAAUCUUUACAAACAA